AUGGCCGCAUUGAAACCCUGGAGUCCUGGGCGACAAAGCACCAUCCCACCGGAAACCCCGCCACGCGUGCUAUAUCAGUAUGAGCCUCUCCCUACCGCAAAACCAAGCUUCCGCCUCCUCCGCAUAUCCCCUGAAUUGGAAGACGGUAUGAUAAGAUGCGAUCUGGUUGUCAAGGAAUUCCCCGUCGACACUCCAAUGGGGCGCCAGCGUGGUGAUUCAUCAAUUGAUAGUAGCGAUACAUGCUACAAUGCACUCUCGUAUGAGUGGGCAAGAGUGCCGGUUUAUGGAUGGAUCGUUUUGAACGACGGUUGCAUCAACGUGGGCGAAAAUCUGUUCAACUUUUUGCACACAGCUCGCGCCCAUAUAACACGGGGUUCUGAGCCGAACCUUGGAAAGUAUCUCUGGAUAGAUGCGUUGUGCAUCAACCAGAAGGAUGUUCAAGAGAAACAACAUCAAAUCAAACAAAUGGGGGCACUCUACCAAGGAGCCCAGAAUGUGUUCGUUUGGCUUGGAUCUUACGUUACCGAGGCCGUCCACGCAGGCGCAACCGAGCUACGCGCAAUGGGGGAUCAAGCCGACGAACACGACAUGUUAAUCAAAGGGAAGGGAGGGCGGAUAAGAUACCCCAAAAUUGGCAACACUGCCGAAGAAAUGCUGAACUCCAAUGGUAAAGCGCUACCAGCGUUCAUAGAGAUCACACAUAACACAUAUUGGGACAGGAUGUGGAUCCUACAAGAGAUUCUACUGGCUAAAGACGCUCGGGUCAUGAUGGAAAACUACAUCUUUUCUUGGACAUUGAUCAAACGCACACUUCUGUCAUACGAAGGGUUCCACCACAAAGAUUUCGUGAAUGCACCGACCAAAAGAAUUGUGCAGGCAUUCCGUCACUACGAAUAUGCAACAAUCAUCAAUCCGUCCGUCUGUGACACCGUUGCUAGACUCGGCCAGGGGGAGUGCAAAGAGGUCCACGACAAAGUUUACGCUACUCUUGGGCUCAACGGCCCAGCCGGCAUCCCGGUUGACUAUUCUGUCACUCUCCCAGAGUUGUUCUACACUGUUUUGCUUGCAUCGUUUCACUCUAGCCACGAUAGUGCUCAUCUCCGACAGGAUUUUACCAUGUCCGCGCUAUCAGCAGCAAACACAUUUAGAGAGGUACUCCAGGUCCCAUUCAGUGCCCUCGAAGACCAUUUGUUAAACGGUAAUGACGAUGCGCUGCGGCGCAUUUAUUUCUACUUUCCUGGACGCCCAACCUCUCAGAACAAUACGCAGGAGCGAGCGAUGCAACAUAAACGCCACCCUACCAAAUUCAUUUCCAGGUUGCACGAUAUCAAAGACUUCGACCACCCUUUCGAAGAAAUCUUGAUCACUAUCGCUCAAGGAGGGAACCCGGAUGAACAAAGCAUUUGUAAAGUCAAGUGCAAGCUAAGUUCCAUCACUACAGCUUUCACAGACGAAGCGUUUGUUCCGCAACCUCUUUCUUCAUUCCUUGCCGUGAAGGGACAUUUCGAGGAGGAUCAUUUAUCGUUUUCCAUCCAGACGUUUCUCUUUGUCCUAAAAGUUAUGCACAAUACUUUAUUAUUUACCAGGCUUGCGGUGAAUGUACAUGAAGGGAAGGGGAUGUCUUUUGGCGAAGAACAGGAAGUGGGUUCAGAGGCUUAUACCGCAGAGGAAACAGAACAAUUCACCCCGUUCAAAGACAAGCAAAUACAAAGGAUGUUGGAGGAUUCUUACUAG